AUGUAUGAUCUAGAUAUUCCCACGCCACCCGACCGGCCAGCCACUGCAAGUCUUUUUGCAUUAAAAUUUUCGAAGGAACUGGAAGACUUGAGAAAGAUUUUCGGCCCGCUGAAUACGAAUCAGCUCGAGGAAAAGGACAUUACGAAGGUCCUCAGGAUAGGGAACAGCCUUCAAUUUCUACAGAUAGAUCUGUUCCCGCCAGCGGGGCUUCACGAUCUGGUAUACCUGAUUGUAGGGAAGUUACCAAAGUUGCGGAGAGCGACCGAGAUAGACUGUGGAGUGCUUGCCGCGCUCUGUCUCGCAGGCAGGGUGUCGCAGUGGUUGACGACCAUACGACGCUUUUCCCACGUUACCUUCGGCAUUCUGUGUGAGUUUGCGGCUCAAUUUUGGGAUUACAGUAAGAUGUCGAAUUGGACAGCCGCCAUUUAUGAGGCGGAAGUCAACGAGUUCCUAAGAACUCGACUGCAAGCGGCUGAAGCUGAGCUGAACACUUUGCAAUCUGCCGUAGAGUAUUUGCGAGCGACUGACCAGCUUCUAAACCCCGCCACUGGCCCCGAAGUUGCUGACGGCCAAAACCUUCCAGCGACCGCCGUUGACUUGAGAAGGUGA